AUGGCCCUAGGACCGACCAACAGUGACGACAAUAAACAACCUGCCAAGAGGGCCGACGUAGCUUACCAACCAACCAACCGUGACGACAAUAAACAACCAGCCAAGAGGGCCGACGUAGCUUAUCAACCAACCAACGGUGACGACAAUAAACAACCUGCCAAUGACGACAAUAAACAACCUGCCAAGAGGGCCGACGUAGCUAACCAACCAACCAACAGUGACGACAAUAAACAACCUGCCAAGAGGGCCGACGUAGCUAACCAACCAACCAACAGUGACGACAAUAAACAACCUGCCAAGAGGGCCGACGUAGCUUACCAACCAGCCAACAGUGACGACAAUAAACAACCUGCUAAGAGGGCCGACGUAGCUAACCAACCAACCAACCAACCAACCAACAGUGACGAGAACAAACAACCUGCCAAGAGGGCUGGCGUAGCUAACCAACCAACCAACAGUGACGACAUUAAGCAACAUGUCAAGGGGGCCGACGUAGCUAACCAACCAACCAACAGUGAUGACAAUAAACAACCUGCCAAGAGGGCCGACAUAGCUAACCAACCAACCAACAGUGCCGACAAUAAGCAACAUGUCAAGGGUGCCGACAUAGGUUAUCAACCAACCAACAGUGACAACAAUAAGCAACAUGUCAAGGGGGCCGAAAGGGCCGACGUAGCUAACCAACCAACCAACAGUGACGACAAUAAACAACCUGCCAAGAGGGCCGACGUAGCUAACCAACCAACCAGCAGUGACGACAAUAAAAAACCUGCCAAGAGGGUCGACGUAGCUGACCAACCAACCAACAGUGACGACAAUAAACAACCUGCCAAGAGGGCCGACGUAGCUAACCAACCAACCAACAGUGACGACAAUAAACAACCUGCCAAGAGGGCCGACGUAGCUAACCAACCAACCAACAGUGACGACAAUAAACAACCUGCCAAGAGGGCCGGCGAAGCUAACCAACCAACCAACCAACCUAACGACAAUAAACAACCUGCCAAGAGGGCCGACGUAGCUUACAAACCAACCAACAGUGACAAUAAACAACCUGCCAAGAGGGCCGACGUAGCUUACAAACCAACCAACAGUGACGACAAUAAACAACAUGUCAAGGGGGUCGAUGUAGCUAACCAACCAACCAACAGUGACCUCCUACCAACCAACAGUGACCGCCUACCAACCAAAAGUGAGCACAAAUUCGAACCUGCCAAGAGGGCGGACAUCGCUAGCCUACCUACCAACAGUGACUGUCUACCAACCAACAGUGAGCAUAUAAUACAACCUGUCAAGAGGGCUGAUGUCACUUGCCUGCCAACCAACAGUGACCUAUCAACCAACAGUGAGCACAUGAUACAUCUUGCCAAGAUGGCUAAUGUUGCUAACCUGCCAACAAACAGUGACCGCUUACCAACCAAAAGUGAGCACAUAUUACAAUAUGCCAAGAAGGCUGACGUUGCUAGCCUACCAACCAAUAGUGACCGCCUACAAACCAACAAAGAGCACAUAAUACAACCUGCCAAGAUGGCUGGCAUCCCUAGCCUACUAACAAGGGCUGACGUCGCUAGCCUUCCAACCAACAGUGAGCACAUAAUACAAUCUGCCAAGAGGGCUGACAUCGCUAGCCUACCAACCAACAGUAACCACACAAUACAACCUGUCAAGGGGGCCGAUGUCGAUAGCUUACCAACCAACAGUGACAACCUUCCAAGAGGGCUGAUGUCACUAGCCUACCAACCAACAGUAACCACACAAUACAACCUGUCAAGGGGGCUGAUGUCACUAGCCUACCACCCAAAAGUGACCGCCUACCCGUCAACAACCUGCCAAGAGGGCCAACGUCGCCAGCCUACCAACCAACAGUGA